CAGAUACUAUACCAAACGUCAGCUUAACACUCCUGCCCCUGGCUACUUAUCGAAAUGGCCAGGCUGAACUGCAAGUGGCCUUCAGGUAUCCCGUGGACAUGACCAAGGCACAAACACCCGAACGGCCCAACUCUACCGGAUCCGAAGAAGUUGUCCUUGUCUUCACCUUUGGAGACGUUUCGUAUGAGGAGAUGUCACCAAGGCAUCUCUAUGCCUUUCUUCCCGUCCGACCGUCAGUGUUUAGGUUCUUCAUACACGCUAACUUUAUCCUCACUUCAACCCGCAAGGAUAUCAGACGAACCCGGUGGAACCGAACCUUGUUGGAGGCUGUUCCUGAAGCUUUUCUGGGCGCCGUUGCGCAGUUCCACGACCGCGGCCUUGCUACCCUUUGGUACAACUGGCCGUUCCUGGUGCCUUGGCCGAUCGUGUACGAUGAGGCAUUUGAGGCGUUUCCUCUUAGGCUGAGGUAUCUCUGCUCCCAGCGACCGAUUCUGGAAGACAGCAGCGGUGCUCGGUUCCCACCACAGCUGCUGAGGACAGUCCCGGAGACAUUUCGGGACGAGGACAAGACACCGCUGCUGCCAGAGGAGUACUCGAGCCGUCGUUUGAUUUCCCGAUACUACUCGGCGGCACUUGAGCCGAUGCAUAAAGUGACUGGGAGUGCAAAACAUGACCGAUGAUGAGAUUCUUUCGGAUCUUGAAGCUUUCAUCUUAGGUUCCCAGGAAAGCUUCCAGAGGAAGCCUGCCAGGUGGCCCGACCAAAUCUG